CUCAUUUUUAUAUUCGCUGCGAAAACUUGUAAAGAAAAAUUGUGAAAAAGAAACUGUUAAUAAAAUAAUGUUUAAAAUAUGGGGAUUUUUAUGCCUAUGUGGCAUAUCGAUUUCAUGGGGCCAUGUUACCUUUUCGCCAAGCUUCAAGCAAUUGCAAAUGAUCGAAGAGUCCAUGAACUCCAGCUAUGAUCCUUGUGAAGACUUCUAUCAUUAUGCCUGUGGCUAUUGGCAAAGCAAAUAUGCCACCGCUGACUACAAUGAGAUGAUGGGCUUGUUGGAACAUCAAAUUAAUGAGGAGUUGAAGAAAUUGCUGGAUAAAGAGGACGAUCUACUAGAUGAGAGUGAAAGUGCCUUGGGAAAACUGAAGCUGUAUUAUGAAUCCUGCAUGAUGAAGGAGAAUGAGUUUUUGUUAAACUAUUUUGAUUAUGUGAAACCGGCAGCAGAUUCACAAUGGCCUUUAUUGCAAGUUUUGGAGGAAUAUGAAAGCGAGGAUUGGGAAUGGCCUGCAGAAGGCUUUGACAUUUACAAGUUAUUGGGAAUUUUGCAAAGCUAUGAUUUUAAUAAUGUUUUGAUCAAAAUAGGCUUUCAUCGUUUAUGGAAUGGUACUCUGCAGAUACAUUUUGAAGUACCCCAGGCAAAUGAGGCAGUUGAGGCUACUGUGGAAGGUAUAGCCAAUGCCAUGAUUUUUCUGAAAUUUCCUCAAGAAUUAGCCCAUAAAUAUGCUGAAGAGUUUAUGGAAAGUCAAGAUUUUUGGAAAGACAACUAUCAAAGCUAUGAAAAGGAGUCAGAGUCCGAAAAUCAAGAGUAUCUUAGUUAUGAGGAAUUGGCAAAGCAACAUCCUGAACUGCAUAUACUAAUUGAGGCCAUGUUACCUGGCAAGAUGACACCGGAAGAUAUGGUGUUUAUUACAAACAAGGAUUAUUAUCAAUUUCUUAAGGAUUAUUUGGCCUCCACUAUGGCUUCCCAGAAUAUCACAAAAAUUGUCAAUUAUCUACAAAUGAAAUUUUUGGAUUUCUUAUAUCAGGAUGCGAUUAAUGAUUGUGUCAAAGAGGUACAGGAUAAAAUGGAUAUGGCCUUGAGCUAUAUGUACUUCAAAGAGAAAAGUAAGAUCAAGGAAGAAAAUUAUAAUGCCGAAAUACUGAAGAUUGUAGCAAAAAUCUAUACAAAUCUAUUACAAUUGCUUAAUGAAAAUCACAGUAAAUUGGAGUCUUCGCUGGUAGACAAACUCAAGGAGAAAAUAUUUCAUUUGAAACUCAACAUAGGCAAUUUGCCUGAAAAGGUGAGCGAAUCCAAAAUCGAUGAAUUUUAUGACAAUGUCAAGGAUUUACUGGAGAAUAAUUAUUUCAAAAAUCAUUUAAUUCUGCUGAGACAUCGUUUUUUUAAACGCCUACUCAACUAUCAAAAGCAAACUUACAGCUUGUCCCAUUUUACUUCCACCGGCUAUGAUGAGGAUGUCAAUAUGGUGGUCGUACCCUUUGGCUAUUUGCAGGAGCCUUUGUACCAUCAAGACUAUGAUGAUAUAUUCAUAUGGUCCUUAUUGGGGUAUCUUAUGGGGCAUGAAUUCAGUCACUCCCUGGAUCAAACUGGCCUAAAGCAUGAUGCCCAGGGUAUGGAGACUACUAUGUAUCAGGAUAUCUUGGAAAGUAAGCAAUUUCUGGAGACCAUGGAUUGCUUAGAGGCCCAGCACGAAGGCUCCAAUGUAGCAGAACGUUUUGCUGAUACCAUAGGCAUACGUCUGGCCUUUCGUGCCUAUGUCAAUGAUAAUCGCUCUCAUCUACAGCCUCGUUUCACUUAUAUACCCUGGAAUCAGUUGUUCUUUUUGAAUACUGCCCAAUUCUAUUGUGGCAGCAAUGAUGAAGAUGCCGUUACAUUACAUCAAAUCGUUAAGAACUCGGAGGAUUUUGCCCAGGCUUUCCAGUGUCCCUUGGGUAGCAGUUUAAAUCCUGAGAAAAGGUGUCGUCUAUUUUAAGG